GUGAGGAAGUCAUCAAGCCCACCUUCUACUUGAGUGACUUUAGGUGAUUAAGGGACGGUUUAUUUAGCCUUAAAGAACUUGAAUCAGUUGCAUUCGCUUUGCUCCACAGGAUACGAAGUGAUUUUGCUAUUUUUCCCCACGAUUCACGCGGUUUUUCGGACGCAUUCCGUGUGCGCUCUGGCGCAGAGGCGCCGCUGGAGAGCCUGAUGCGCGCUGGAGAAAACCGGGACUUUGCGCAAACGAACACCACAUCCAUCUCCAUAUCGUCAUGAGUUAGAUUAAACACUUCCACCCACUCGAGACACACAUAAAGCACUUUUUUUUUUUUUUUUAGACACAAGGAGACCUUAACUGGAAGUUUUCACGCAGGACGCAUGGAGGAUCCGGUGUAAAGGCGCUCGGAGGAUGCCGUCCCGUCCCUGCUUCAGGACAUCUGGCCGCUGGAUGCUGCAGUUUGUCCUUCACAUCUGAGAGCGAUGGCUUCUGAGGUGGUGUGUGGUCUGAUCUUCAGAGUGCUGUUGCCAGUGUGUCUGGCGGCAGCAUGUCUGUUCAGGUACAAUGGAUUGUCCUUCAUCUACCUCCUCUUCCUCCUCCUCAUCCCUCUGUUCCCCGAACCCUCCAACAUAACCAUGCAAGGUUACACGGGACACUUGCUGAAGUCUUUAUGCUUCUGCAGUAUGACCUUCCUCUUCAUCCACAUCGUCUAUCAAAUCACCAUCCACAGUUUGCUGGCUGCAAACUCUAUUGAUUCUGAAUUCAACUGUUCAGUGUGGGAGAAGUCAAUACGACAGAUUGGUUUUGAGAGUGUUAUCGGUGCAGAUGCAGGCAAUGGUAUCCGAGUUUUCCUUCCGGACAUUGGGAUGUUCAUGGCCAGUCUGUCCGUGUGGCUGCUGUGCAGAAAGCUGGUCCACAAGCGUCCCAGUGAAGAAAUGGCCCAGGACAACCAUGACUUUGAGCCCGAGGAGAAGGAGGAGAAUGACGAGAAAGUGGAAGAUGAUGAUGAUGAUGACGAGAUGCUCUAUGACGAGGACUUUGAUGCAGAAGAUGAGGCAGAGGAAGAGGAUGGAGAGGGAGGAGGUCUGGAGGAGGAAGAGGAGGAGGAGGAGGUGCAGGAGAGCACAAAGAUGAAGAUUCUGCGCAGAGUAGCAGGAGUCGCAAACAAAUUCAAAGAGAUCAUCGGUAACCUCAUCACAACCGCUGGACAAGUGGUGGUUACCAUUCUACUGGGAUUAACAGGUGUCAUGCUGCCCUCUCUGUCCUCAGCCGUCUACUUCUUUGUGUUUUUGGGUCUGUGCACAUGGUGGUCCCUCUGCAAGACCUUCGACAAGCUCCUCUUCAGCUGUCUGUGUGUCCUCAUGGCCAUCUUCAGUGCUGGUCAUCUCAUCAUACUUUAUUCCAACCAGUUCCAGUUCCUGCAGGAGGCCAUCAGCCUCAACGACAGCUACACCAGUUUGUUUGGCAUCUCCUCCAUCGUUCGAACCGACUGUUCCUCUACCUGGAAGCUUGCUGUCAACAGUGGUCUGAACUGGCACCAUUUUGUCAAUCCCAUCAUGCUCUUGGUGCUGUACUACACACUGGCCACCUUGAUCCGCCUGUGGCUGCAAGAUCCCAUGUUCAUGCAGGAGAGUGAGGAAGAGGAGAUAAACGAGGGAAAUGAGACCGCGGAAAACAGCUUCGUUCACACGUCGAUUGGGAAGCGGCUGCUCUGGUGGAAAGCGCAUCAGAAAACCGAGGAAAGAAAUCUCAUUUCCACUCAGGACGGGUACAGCACCUCGGAGGUAGUGGUGAUUAACUCAAACGGGACGUCGUUUGAUUAUGUCUCUGCUGUGCCCAUUGAGAACGGACCGGUCAGUCUGGACAUUUACUCAACUCCUCAGUACAAAGUGGAUCAGCCUGUCGAAUUUGAAGAGAAGACGGAUGAAAACACAAAUGAGAUCUUGGACUCACAGCUGGAUGAGGAAGAGGAGAAGACAGAUGCGGAAGACGAAGAGGAAGAAGAAGAAGAGGAAGAGCAGGGCGGACCACCAGGCACUCUCGUGAAAGUGUUCAAGUUCAUUAUGAAGCAGAGCUACAUCUGUGCUCUAAUUGCUAUGAUGGCAUGGAGUAUAACGUACGUUAGCUGGCUGACGUUUGUCUUUCUGCUGUGGUCCUGUACUCUGUGGAUGGUGCGAGACCGGAGGAAAUACGCCAUGAUGACCUCGCCGUUCAUGGUGGCCUACGGGAACCUCCUGUUGGUCCUUCAGUAUAUCUGGUGUUUUGAGCACUUGGAUCCAGUGCCGGGUUUCUUUCUGAAGAUGAAGGUGCCCUUCACUGAACUGAGCACCAAGAUUCUGUGUCAGCUGAGUUUCUGGCUGCUGCUCAGACAAACUUUGAUGGAGAGACAAGAGAAGAUGGAAGAGGAAGCAGCUCUUUGUGACGUCCAAGUAGAUGAGCAGAAAAAAGAGGAAGAAAAAGACAAAGAGGAAGAGGAAGAGGAGGGGGACGAGAACGACCUGAUGCAUGUGAUUGGGAAACUAGUGAUGGCUCUGCUGGUGAAAUACUGGAUCUAUAUCUGCGGAGGAAUGUUCUUCUUUGUCAGCUUCGAAGGAGAGAUUGUCAUGUACAAGAUCGUCUACAUGAUGAUGUUUCUGUCCUGCGUGGCUCUUUACCAGGUGCAUUAUGAGUGGUGGCGCAGGAUCCUGAAGUACUUCUGGAUGUCUGUGGUGGUAUACACCAUGCUAGUGCUCAUCCUAAUCUACACCUGUCAGUUUGAGAACGCCAUCGCUAACUGGACCAAAAUGACGGGCAUACCAGAAGAAGUACUGAAGGACAUCGGUCUGGUGAGGUACAGCCUCGCUGAUCUGUUCACCCGUAUCUUCAUCCCCACGUCCUUCCUUCUGGUCUGCAUCCUGCACCUGCAUUACUUCCACGACGGCUUCCUGCAGCUCACCGAUCUCAAAGCCGUCAUCAGCAAAGAGCAGAGCACCAUUUACAGACUGGCUCAUCCUGACGGGAGUCUGGCCGAUCUGACGAUGAUGAGCACGUCUCCAGAGCCGCUGCUGAAGGAGGAGAAAGAGAAAGAGUCCAUGAACGAGGUGCUGGUCGUGGACUGUGUGGAGGAGGAGAAGAAGAAAGAGUCUCUGUCCAUCCAUUCAGCUCAUCUGUCCAGUCAGGAGGACAUUCAGCAGUUCAGUGCUGCCACAGAUCCAGAACUGCCCUCAGAACAGAGCUCAGACCUCAAGAAUAAAUGGCAUUUGGUGCUCGACCGGCUCACGGUCCUGUUCCUCAAGUUCCUGGAGUGCUUCCAUAAGCUGAAGCUCUUCAUCUGGUGGCUGCUGGAGAUGCACAUCAUCAAGAUUGUGUCCACUUACAUCAUCGUGCUAGCUCUCAAAGAGGUUUCGCUGCUGAACUAUGUGUUUUUGAUCUCGUGGACGUUUGCGCUGCCAUAUCAGCAGUUUCGAGUUCGUGCUUCCAGCGUUUGCACCAUCUGGACAUGUGUCAUCAUCAUCUGCAAGUUGUUAUAUCAGCUGAAGUCCAUCAAGCACACAAACUACUCAAGUAAUUGUUCAAUGCCAUCCAACUACUCAAAAGAGCAAGAAAAGGAACUGUAUCAAUCCCUGCUGUACAAGGAUCCCAUUGAUCCCGCAAACUGGGUCGGCCUGGAGAAGUUUAAUGAAAAUUCUCCAGAACUGCCAAACCUGAGGAAUAACUUGUUGAUGUUGGCCAUCUUGGCGUUUGAAGUCACCAUUUACAGACACCAGGAGUUUUUCCGUCUGAAAAACAAACUCUCUCCUCCUCCCUCUCGGACCAUCUUUCACGACAUCACCCGGCAACACCUCGACAACAGCAUCAUCAACUGCGCCAAAUACUUCAUCAAUUACUUCUUCUACAAGUUCGGCUUAGAGGUGUGUUUCCUGAUGGCGAUCAAUGUGAUGGGUCAGCGGAUGGAUUUCUACUCCAUGCUGCACGGUUUGGCUCUGGCUGUGGUGAUGUACAGACGCAGGAGGAAAGCCAUCGCUGAGAUCUGGCCCAAAUACUGCUGCUUCCUGGCCUGCAUGAUCACCUUCCAGUACUUAAUCUGCAUUGGAAUCCCACCGGCUGCUUGUAAAGAUUAUCCCUGGAGGUUUCCUGACUCCAUGAUGGAUUCUGACGUCAUUAAAUGGCUUUACCUUCCUGAUUUCCACACUCAGCCCAACUCCAUGUUCCUCGUCUAUGACUUCUUGCUGCUGCUGUGUGCGUCGCUGCAGAUGCAGGUGUUUGAAGAUGAAAACAAAGCUGCUGUUCGUCUGAUGGCGGGAGAUAACGUGGAGAUCUGCCGAGACCUGGAUGCGGCGUCCUUCAGCGUUCACAACCCCGUACCGGACUUCAUUCACUGCAGGUCGUACCUGGACAUGCUGAAGGUGAUCAUGUUUAGCUACCUGUUCUGGUUCGUCCUGACCAUCAUCUUCAUCACGGGAACGACUCGGAUCAGCGUCUUCUGCAUGGGUUACCUGGUGGCGUGUUUUUACUUCCUGCUCUUUGGUGGCAAUCUCUUGCUCAAGCCAAUCAAGAAGAUCCUCCGUUACUGGGAUUUCCUCAUAGCUUACAAUGUCUUCGUCAUCACAAUGAAGAACGUGUUUGCUAUUUUGGCGUGUGGUUAUAUCAAGCAUUUGGUGAAGAAUAGCUGCUGGUUGGUUCAGCUGCUCAGUCUUGCCUGCACCAUAAAAGAAUACAAAGCUCUAGAGGGUAAAGAAAGGCAAGGCAAGCCUGUAGAUGGAUGUGAGGUGCCAAGGGACGAGGCCGGGAUCAUUUGGGACAGUAUCUGCUUUACGUUCCUCCUGCUGCAGAGACGUGUCUUCAUGAGCUACUACUUCCUGCAUGUGGUCGCAGACAUCCGCGCCGGACAGAUCCUCGCAUCUCGAGGAGCAGAGUUGUUUCAGGCCAGCAUUGUGAAGGCCGUGAGAGCUCGUCUGGAGGAGGAGAAGAGAUCCAUGGAGCAACUGAAGAGACAGAUGGAUCGUAUUAAGACGCGGCAGCAGAAGUUCAAGAGAGGAAAGGAGAAGAUGCUCAGCAUGGCUCAGGAGUCUGGAGACGAGCAGAAACUCAUCCAACCUGACGACAACGAUGAUGAUGAGAAAAAGAAAAACAAGGUGCAAAAAAAGCAGUGGUGGAGGCCUUGGGUUGACCAUGCGUCCAUGGUGAGAAGUGGUGAUUAUUACCUGUUUGAAACUGACAGUGAAGAGGAGGAGGAAGAGGAGGAGAAAAAAGACGAAGACCCACCCAAGAGAUCAGCCUUCCAGCGAGCGAUCAGAAAGUUUGCUUCGGCCCUUGUGGCUUUACCCAGAUCAGUCAUUAAACUGCCCAAAACUGUUCUGCAGUAUUUAAUCAGGGCGGCCAAGUUUGUGUAUCACACCUGGAUCGCUGACUCUAAAGCAGCCCUGAAAGAAAGAGGCAAAGGGAGACGUCAUUUCUGGAAGCGAUACGGCCGCAGACGUAGAAAAGACAAGAAAGAAGGUCAUGUGGCGAUAGAGAUCGGUGAAGAAGAUCGUCAGAGUUCAGAGGAAGACAAAACGGACGGACCAGACAACAUCAUCAAGAGGGUCUUCAACAUCAUCAAGUUCACCUGGGUGCUGUUUCUGACAACCGUUGAGAGCAUCACCAAGUGGCUGAACUCCGUCUGCAGAGAAUACAUCGACAUCUCCACCGUUCUGCGCAUCGAGCGCUGCAUGCUGACCAGAGAAGUCAAGAAGGGAAAUGUGCCGUCCCGCGAGAGCAUCCAUGUGUACUACCAGAAGCAGAUGAAGCUGAACGGAUCUCGUGAAUCUGGACUGGACCGGAUCAGUGAGGAGGACUCAUGCUCAAACAGAGAGCGCCGCAGACGAGCUGGCUACAGCCUGGAUUCCUUCGCUUCCAGAGACAGCAUCUCCAGCGCAUACACCGAAGCCACCAUGCUGUUUUCCCGUCAGUCCACCUUAGACGACUUGGACGACAUGCCUCAGAAUAUUCCCAAAACCAGCGAACGCGCUCGUCCCAAACUGCGCAAAAUGUACGGUCUGGACAUGUCCAACUCCUCUGCGGACAGCGGGAGCAGCGUCAUGUCCAGUGAAGCUACUCAGUGCGUCACAUUGUUCUCUCGGCAAGGAACCAACGACACUAUAGACGAGGUGGAGGACGAACCAGAGCAGGUGCAGGUGAAAAAGGAGGAAACCACAGAGACUGUUGAGGACAAGCCUGAGAGAGCAGAUCAUGAGGAAGUGAAAGAGGAGGAAGUGAAACAGGAAGCAACGAAUGAGCUGGAAGAGGAAAUGACACAGGAAGCGACAGGUGAGCUGGCAGAGGAAGUGACAGAUGAGCUGGUAGAGGAAGUGACAGAUGAGCUGGUAGAGGAAGUGACAGAUGAGCUGGUAGAGGAAGCGACACAGGAAGUGACAGAUGAGCUGGUAGAGGAAGUGACACAGGAAGUGACAGGUGAGCUGGCAGAGGAAGUGACACAGGAAGUGACAGGUGAGCUGGCAGAGGAAGUAACAAGAGACGUGGAAGAGGAAGUCCAAUGGGAUUUGGUGGAUCCAGAGGAAGCAGUUGAAGAUGUUCAGGUUCCUCAGCUGGAUUGUGAGGAGCAUCAGGAGGAAGAGCUGUGCGUUACUGAAGAUGAGGAGGGUGAACAGCCGAUCCGACAGGAAGAAGGUGAAUCAUCAGGACCGGAGAACGUGCAGACGGACGUGAUCAGCGGGCAUCUUUUCACCCCGGACACAGACGCCCCCAACACCUCUGACGCUGACGUGCCGCCCAGCUACAGCAAAGCCGUGAGCUUCGACCGUCUGUCUGUGAGCUCGGACGAAAGUGACAGUGACAAACGGCUGAUGCUGAUGACGCCCGAAAGCAGAUCCGAACUGGACGACCCUCUGCUGCCCUCCAUGACCACUGAUCUUACCGCCAGCGAACUGCUGCUCAACAAAAUGUUCUACGAUGAGGAGCUGGAGAACUCUGAGCGUUUCUAUAAAUCGCAGCCGCUUGGACUCCAGCUGUGUUACGCUCUCUAUAACCUGCUGGUGGCGCACUCUGAGAUGGUCUGUUACCUGGUCAUCAUCCUGAACCACAUGAUCUCGGCUUCCAUGGCGACGCUGGUGCUGCCCAUCCUCAUCUUCCUGUGGGCAAUGCUCUCCGUUCCUCGGCCCAGCAAGCGUUUCUGGAUGACGGCCAUCGUGUACACAGAGGUCACCAUCGUUGUCAAAUACUUCUUCCAGUUCAGUUUUUUCCCAUUCAACCAGAACCUGGAAGUCAACAAGGGGAAGCCGUACCAUCCGCCCAACAUCAUCGGCACGGAGAAGAAGGAAGGAUACGUGCACUAUGACCUGGUUCAGCUGCUGGCGCUGUUUUUCCACCGAUCCAUACUAAAGUGUCACGGUCUCUGGGAUGAAGACGACCCUAAAGCAUCCCAUAAGGAUGAGUGUCUUUAUCGGGACGAUUCUCUGGACGAGGGGAAGAUGGCGGUGGCGAUUCCACCCGAGGAAGAGAAGAGUUCUUCAGCGUACUCGCUCAAGUCUGUGAACCUCGGCAUGUCCUUGGACUCGUCCCAGGUGCACGUGCAAAUACUUUACCCUGAGCAUCGGCCUCACCUGCGGCGGCAGAGCACUAGUGGAUCUCACCUGUCCCGACAGAGCACUAGCGGAUCUCACCUGUCCCGCCGCUCAUCUGUGCACUCCAAACACGGCAGCACAAGCACACGAAACAGCAUUCGUAGAGAAAACAGCACCCUAGAGCCGGAAGUACCACAGAAGAGCCGCAAAGAAAUGAUUAUGGAGAAGAUCCGAGAACAGCUCAUCAAAGCAAAGGUUUAUGUGAUCAAAAAAUUGGUUGAGUUCUAUCAGCCCAUCCGUCAGUUCUUCUAUAACCUGAUCCAUCCUGAGUACAACGCCGUGUCGGACGUUUACGUCUUCAUGUUUCUAGCAGACACUGUUGAUUUCAUCAUUAUUGUCUUUGGCUUCUGGGCAUUUGGGAAACAUCAGGGAGGUGCUGAUAUCACAUCCUCGCUGUCAGAAGACCAAGUUCCUGGGCCGUUCCUCGUCAUGGUGCUCAUCCAGUUCGGCACGAUGGUGGUGGAUCGCGCCCUGUACCUCCGCAAGACGGUGAUGGGAAAAGUGAUUUUCCAGGUCAUCCUGGUGUUCGGCAUCCAUUUCUGGAUGUUUUUCAUCCUACCAGGAAUCACAGAGAGGCGCUUCAGUCAGAACACUAUCGCUCAGCUGUGGUACUUUGUGAAAUGCAUUUACUUCGGCCUGUCAGCGUAUCAGAUCCGCUGUGGAUAUCCCACUCGCAUCCUGGGAAACUUCCUCACCAAGAGCUACAGCUACGUCAAUCUCUUCCUCUUCCAGGGGUUCCGUCUGAUCCCGUUCCUGACGGAGUUGCGGGCGGUGAUGGACUGGGUUUGGACGGACACGACGCUCAGCUUGUCCAGCUGGAUCUGUGUGGAGGACAUCUACGCUCACAUCUUCAUCCUCAAAUGCUGGAGGGAGUCCGAGAAGCGUUACCCUCAGCCGCGCGGGCAGAAGAAGAAGAAGGUUGUGAAGUAUGGAAUGGGCGGCAUGAUCGUGAUGCUCCUGAUCUGCAUCGUUUGGUUCCCGCUGCUCUUCAUGUCUCUGAUCAAAUCUGUGGCCGGAGUGGUCAACACUCCGCUGGACGUGUCCGUCACGCUCACGCUGGGAGGACUUCAGCCGAUCUUCACGAUGAGCGCCCAGCGGAACCUUCUAAAAAACGUGUCUUCUGAAGAGUUUAAAAAGUUUUCAAAAAAAUACAGCUCUGAUGCAGAUGCCAUGCAGUUCCUGGAGUCUUAUGUUCACAAGGAUUUGACAAUAGCCAAACUAGAAGGAAGUUCCAACUCGCUCUGGACCAUCAGCCCCCCGAGCAGGGAGAACCUCAUUAAAAUGCUUAAUAACAUAAAGGAGACGUUUCCUCUCACCUUCACCUGGUCCAUACAGAGGGACCUCAGUUUAGGUGCCAAAGCUGAAACUGCAAUAGGGAAACACCAUAUUGACUUGGACAAACAAAUGAGAACUGAUCUAAGUCUUCUUCUGAAUGGAACUAGGCACAAAGGAGUGACCAUCAAAAACAUUUUCCCAAGAUACAUCAGAGCACCGAGCGACUCCAAUGCCAAGCCUAUUGUGCAGCUUUACCCUGGUAAAGAUUACAUGAACAUCACAUUGUCCUUACAUAAAUCCAGCAACAGUAGCGCAGAGGGCGUCCGGGAGUGGUGGAUCGUGAAUCAGACAGAAGCAGGGCCGUUAUCUGUGGGGACAGCCAGGACUGCAAACGCAUCUGGUCUGGAGCUCUACAUCAUCAGUGACCAAGUCAGUCCACCCAGUCUGGGCUUUCUGGCUGGUUAUGGGAUCAUGGGUCUGUACAUGUCAGUGGUUCUGGUUAUCGGGAAGUUCGUGCGCGAGUUCUUCAGCGGGAUCUCGCACACCAUCAUGUUCGAAGAGCUGCCCAACGUGAACCGGAUCCUCAAGCUCUGCACUGACAUCUUCCUGGUCCGAGAGACGGGAGAACUGGACCUGGAGGAAGACCUGUACGCCAAACUCAUCUUCCUCUACCGCUCUCCAGAAACCAUGAUCAAGUGGACCAGAGAGAAGAGUGAGUGAGUGAAGAUGAGGACGCUGACCUUCGGAGGAACUCCAAACUAACCACGAGAAGCACAAAGCGGGAAUUGUGCCUCCUUCCCAAAGCGGAAUUGGAUUGGAUUGAACCGGAGAAGCGUUGUUCUUCAUGAUAGUUUUCAUCCCGUGGACGUGCACUUGCUAGUGUUUUUUUAAGGGCUUGAUAAGAGAAAUUUAGGGCUUCCAGGCAUGCGCCACUUUGAUACGACUUUCACCUUUGGGAGUGCAUGCGACGUGAUGGACGUAGACGAGGAAUACUCAACCUACUACAGACUUUGGGCUUGACUUUUAACGUCCCUCUCUGAAUUCUGAAGGUGAGAACCGAAGCCCUGUAGGUGGCGCUGUGAAUUACGUGACAAUCUCUAUUUGCCUUAUUUCAUUUAUACAAUCAACUAGACGCAUCAUUAUCCACCACCUUUCUCAGGAAUACAUUCGGAUCAUUUCACCACGACGGGAUAUCAACCUUUUUUCUCAUGUACGACAAAGUGUGAAGGGGAAUGUACGCAGCAGUAAUAACUUCACUCCUUGGGGACUUUAAGGAGAUCGUCUGUAAUUUAUGAACACAGAUUUGGAAUGUGAAAAGGACGUUUAGUGUUUUAUAAGGCUUGAAGUAUAAUGACUUUUCAUAACUAAUGGGAGAUAACAUUACAAUGAAUGAUUUAUCAGUUUCAGCAGCUUUUUUCUUAUUAUUAUUUAAGAGCCUUAUUCAUGAAAUAGAAAGAAUUUGAAUGUGUUUCUGUGUACAUUUCUUCAUAUAUCCAAAUGGUUUACAUAGAAAUUUGUUCAGAAGGAAUUUGGAAUGUUUCUGCGUACAUUUGUUUGUAAAUUCAAAUGAUUUUAUGAAUGAUUUACAUGGAAUUAGUUCAGAACGAAUUUUUGAAUGUGUUUCUUCAUAAAUCCAACUGAUUUUCUGAAUGCGUUACACUGAAAUUUGUUCAGAACAAAUUUUUGAAUGCGUUUCUAUGUACAUUACUUCCUAAAUCCAAAUGAUUUUAAGAAUCAUUUAUUCAGAGCAAAUUUUGAAUGUUUCUGUUUAUAUUUCUUGAUGUGCACAGUUAUUGUUCAGAACGAAUUUUGAAUGAAUUUCUUCGUAAAUCCAAAUGAUUUCAUGAAUGAUUUACACAAAUUUGUUCAGAACAAAUUUUGAAUGCAUUUCUGUGUCUAUUUCUUCUUCAUAAGAUUUUAUGAAUUAUUUACACGUAAAUUGUU